AUGAAUGCGCCCGCAGUCGCUCGGAGGACAGCCUCGUCCGUCUGCCUCUCGUGCAGACGGUCAAUGUUGCGGCAGUUCUCCUCGACCCAACGUCUGCCCUUCCCAGAGUUCCAGUCAUACCGCCUCAACCCUCAACCGCCGUCGCCACCGCGCAGCGCUUCCGGCCCAGACACCUCCGUCACCCAUCCCGUCACCCCUCAUCUGCCCAGAGUCCACGAGACACGGCCGCCCUCAUCCCUGGAUGCUGGCAGCUGGGCCUCGGUACGCGAUGGCGAAUCUCAGAGGUCCCAGACCGACUUUGCCCACCAACACCCAUCGGCUCCUACACCAACCCAAGCCGAGUCGACCCGUCGAAGCGAGCCAGCCAAGCCUGCGACCACCCCAUCACCACAGCCUGCCGACCCCUCGGCGCCCAAGCCAAGGCCGCGCUCCAAGCUGCGCGCGCCACGCAAGGCAGCGCUCAAGCUGACCCCCGCUGCGGUGGACCACCUACGCGCCCUGCUCGACCAGCCAGACCCGAAGCUCAUCAAGGUCGGCGUGCGCAACAGGGGUUGCAGCGGGCUGGCCUACCACUUGGAAUACAUAGACAAGCCGGGAGCCUUCGACGAAACCGUCGAACAAGACGGCGUCAAGGUUCUCAUCGAUAGCAAGGCCUUGUUCAGCAUCAUCGGCAGCGAGAUGGAUUGGGUGGAGGACAAGUUGAACCAGAAAUUCGUGUUUCGGAACCCAAACAUCAAGGAGGAAUGUGGUUGUGGCGAGUCCUUCAUGGUAUAG